AUGGCGCCAGACAUCCCUCAGCUUCCCGCUGGCCAGAGCUACGCGGGUGUAAAUUAUCUCUCCCUUCAGCAGCCUUCCCAGUUACAUAGCGCGCCUAUGGUUGCUGGGGAUGUAUUCACCAGCAAUACAGGAUCAACGAUGCUGCUGAACACGCCAAACGGCUUUGACUACGCUUUACACGAGCUCCAACCCUUCGCGACCCCAAAUGGCGAGUCCACACCGACUCACGGCCCUCACAAGCCGUCGAUAAUGCCAUCCUCUGCCAGCAGCUCUGUCGACGACAGUAGCUCCGCAGAGCGACCACGACGCAAGAUGAUCGCCGACACAAGUGAUGAUGAAGAUAACGAUUCUCCGACGAAGCGCGUACGAGACCGCAUUCCUACGUUCGACUCUGCCCAGCAGGGCGAACCUCGAGCUCUCGGAGCUCGUAAGAUCCAGCUGACUGUGAACCGGCCGCCGCGCACCCUGGCCAAGCCCGGAGCUGGAGGUCGGACGAGCGCCAAGUUCACCAAGGUUGCUGAGGAUCCAGGCGUGGAGGGCAUUCCUCCCGGUCCUAGGUCGACGGAGCGUCCGUCCCAGUCUUUUGCGUGCAUCAUUGGCCAAGCUAUUCUCAAAUCCUCCGCGGGCGGGCUAUCGCUGGAACACAUCUACAGAUAUGUGGAAACGGCGUACCCAUACUUCAAGACGGUCGACCAGUGGCGUAAUUCUGUCCGUCACAAUCUUUCAAUCCACAAAAUCUUCGUCACUAUACCUCGCACGGAGAAGCAUCCGCCUGGCAAAGGCGGUAUCUGGGUGAUUGACGACGAUGAAAAGAUUCAUUGGCCCUCCGAAGACAAGUUCAUCAAAACUUUCCCGGUGUCUCACCCACACCACGCAGUCUGCCGGCAAACGUUGCACGAGCAGGCGACAGAGAAACGUAAUCGAGAGAAGGCCGCCGCCGAAGGCCGUGUGUACGUGCCGAAGCAUAAGGGCAAGAAGGGCCGCGCCAAGGCACUGAAAAGUGAAUUGGCAUCCGCCGCUUUGCCGUUGCCGCCUCCGCCUCCAGUGCCGCAGAUGGCGUUUGCCCAGCAAUCGCAAGUGUCGCUUGCUCAGCAACCGCAGGCGAGGAUGGCCGCUGCGCUGCUCCCCUCGUCUCCACCUCGCUCCGCUGAUCGUCAAUCACUCGACUUCGAGGACGACAGCGAUUUUGUGCCCGUCGCCCCGCGAAAGCAACGUGGUGUUGAACUUGGCCCCCCGGCGCCGCUGCCCCCUCCUCGAUUUACGAUCGCGAGUGCGAGGACUGCGAGCUCUGACAGGGAUGACGACGAAAACGUCUUUAGCAGUGGUCCGAAACGAGUGAGACUUUCCCAGGCUGAACCCUUAUCACCAAUCAUGGAGCAGCAACCAAUGACUUCUUCGUUUUUGCACGACGACGAUGACAUGUUCCUCACCCCUGCCCGUGAACGGCCACAGAGCUCAAACCUCCCUUCGAGCUCCCGUCACUUCACGUCCAGCGCCAUGAAAACCCCGGCCCUCGUGCAGACUUCGUCCUCGCCUACAUCCUCGCCUCUACCUCCUACCAUCACUCGAUCGUCUCAUCACCCGAGUUCGUUGCAACAAGCCUGGACACAGGACGACAUGGCGAGGGGCAGCUUGGCUUCUUCGCCUCCCAUCAAGCAGCUCGAUGCGGCAUUCGAUCUCAAGCCUAUGCCCACAAAACGUGACAGGGAUCGUGAGGAUGAAGGCCUCACACUCUCCCUCGCCCCCCAUGUGGAGCGCGCGCACCCGAAGACUCCCGUCACGCGAUCCUCGGCCGCUGCAGACCGCACUCCCCGCUUAGGCGGCUACAGGACACCAGGUCUUAUCCACAAGACUCCGCUAUCCUAUGGCAGCCCUGCUCGCGCGCCUCCUUCGGCUUCCGCGUUGCUGUCCACGCCGAUGUGGGAGAUCAGUGGAGUUUUGGAGCGGAUGAACGCGGCCGAGUCCCCCACUCGUACUCCUCGUACAGACGUCCCACCGACUAGUCCAACGCAUUACUCUCUGAGUGAUUGCGGCGAUUCCCCUGUUGCAAAGCGUCGUAAAGUCGCUGCGUAG